AUGGCUCCCGGCAUCAGCAAGCGCGAGCAGGCGCGGAAUGAAAAAACCCUAACGGAGCUGAUCCGCACCGUUCCUGGCAAUGACCGAUGUGCCGAUUGCGAUGCCCUUUCCCCAGGAUGGGCAAGUUGGAAUAUGGGCAUCUUCCUUUGCAUGCGUUGCGCCGCGCUACACCGAAAGCUGGGCACACAUAUUUCCAAGAUCAAAUCUUUAACCAUGGACACAUGGACAGCAGAGCAAGUCGAUAGCAUGAAAUCGCACGGUAACAUCCUUAUGAACAAAAUGAAUAACCCGCGGGGUAUUAAACCGCCAAUUCCCACCGACAUUGACGAGGCCGAUGCAUGCAUGGAACGGUUUAUCCGGCAGAAAUAUCAACACCGUUCAUUGGAAAAUGGGAAGCCAAAGCCCCCGAGCAGGGAGGAUUCGAGUUACUCCAACCCUAGGGCCCGGUCCCCCGUGGAAUCGAGAAAGAAUGACUACGACAUAUCUCCCGAGGGGUCUCCGCCUCCGCUUCCGCCCAAGUCUGGAAGGUUUUUCAAGUUUGGUCUACGGUCGUCAUCCUCUGCCUCGAACCUCCGCCGAUUUGGUGGUAAACCCAAGGUGGCUUCGCCAACCUCGGAAAGCGGAGCCUGGUCACCACCAUCGCCAUCCAGGAGGACGACAGGACUCGGCGCGCCUGUUGCCGAUGUGACUACGGCAUCUUUCGAGUCCAAAAUGGCGGCAUUGCAGCAGAUGGGCUUCACCGAUGACCGACGAAACGAGAUGGUUCUCAAGGGACUCCAUGAGGAUCUGGAUCGAGCGAUCGAAACACUGGUUAGGUUGGGCGAGGGGGGCAAACCUGCAUCAAGAUCCAGGACCCCGAUCGGGACAAGCAGUGGUGUAUCUGCACGUAUAGUAAUCCCGAAGCCUGAGACGUCCAAAAACCCAUUCCCCGUCACAACCGACAACACAUUCCCUGAGGUUUCCAACAACCCAUUUGACCGGGCAGUCUCAAAUCCUGUCGCCCACUCGCAAACCCAGCAACCACAGACUGCUGCGUACAACCCAUUCGAUCAGCUAAACUCGAACCCUGCAUCUACACAGCCUUUAGAAUCAUCUUUCCAGGGCCUGCAGGUCUCUCAGCCUUUGUUCCCCCACUCCACUGGUGGAUACCCGAACCAGACAAGCUCCAUGCAGCACUCUGUAUACCAACAGACCUAUACGCCUCCAGUCACAUCGACAUUCUCGCAGUCUCCUUAUGUUACUUCGCCUCAGCCAAUGGAAAAUAGCUACAAUCCAUUCGACCAGGCACCGCCGCAGCCGCAGGGUGGCUUGGCCAGUCAGACCUACCCCAACCCCAAUUCGCCGCAAACAAACCCUUUCUUCAAUACUGCACCGCAAAACCAACCCACGCAGCCGCAACAGCAGCAAAUGACCCCGCUUGCAACGCAACCGGGGGGCUUUGAACCACCUCGCCAUGCAAACACCAUGCCAUUCAUGUCUUCCGCCUCGCCAUUUGGAACAAGUGCUCCUUUCCAAGUACAGCAGCAGCAGCAACAGUCGCAGAUGCAGAUGCAGCCGCAACAACAGCAGCAGCAGCAGCAGCAGCAGCCAUCAAAUGGUCUGGGAGCAUACAAUCCAUUCCAGCAAGGGCUGGCGCCGAACACAGCACAGAACACAAACGGCUAUCCCAGCCAAUUCCAGUCCCAUCUGCAACCACAGCAGGCGCAGCAACUCAUGCCUCAACCCACUGGAAUGGAUAAAAACAGUAUUCUUUCAUUGUACAAUAUGGGUCCUACGCAGUCUAAUAUGACACCUAUUCCCGAGCAACCCCAGCAACCCCAGCAAUCUCAGCAAUACCAGCAGCCCCAGCCCCAAACCCCCACGAUGAACCCCUACUCUCAACCAUCAAACCCAUACACCUCCAUGUCUCAAACCCAGCAAGCCACAAACCUCCAGCAUCAGCCCCAGACUCAGCCCCAAUCCCAGCCCCAACAAAAUUUCCAGCCCCAGCAACCUACCGCAAACUCCCAGCCCACCACAACCAAUAACCCAUUCUUCGGAACCGCCUCCACAGGCAGCGGAUCCGGCCUUGCCGCACAAGCAGGCAUCAAUCCAUACCAGCAGCAAUCCGCAGGGCUAGGAAUUGGCGGCAUGAACGGCCAACCCGGGGCCGGAACUACUCCCGGAACUACUCCGGCCAUGGGAACGAACAACUCCCCAUUUUCGGGAAUGAGCAGUCCCCCCUUUGCAGGAGCGAACAGCUCCCCAUUUGCUGGAGGCCAGUCCCCCUUUUCAGGGCCUCCGCCCACGAACUCGGCGUUCCCACGGUCACACAUGAGCCAGCCGAGCGUUGAUGUGAGCGGCCUGCAGAAAGGUCGCCAUAGCCCUGAUGCCUUUGCUAGUCUGAGUGCUCGCUAUGGUUGA